AUGGCGGAUCUAGGCCAGCUCUCUCUACCUGAGAUCCAGGACGAUAUCCAUCAGUUAGGCAACAACGAGCCAAAUGUGCGGCCACUCCUAAAGGAUCCAGCCACGCAAAUAAGACUAUUCACCAUCUGGCCCGGAAGCCAAGGAAGUGCGGUUCAGGGGGAAUUCAGUGUGGCUACCCUCAACGACGAACCCGUCUACCAAUGCAUAUCGUAUGUUUGGGGCGACGCCUCUGAUACCAAACAUAUUUCGGCCGACGCGCUGUGCAUCAAUCAGGAUGACCACGAGGAGAAGCGCGUACAGGUCGACAUGAUGUUCGACGUUUACAGCAAAUGCAGCAAUUGCCUCCUGUGGUUGGCUGAGGUUGACCUCCUCGAAGGGGAGCUCAGCUUGGACGUUGCUCGCUAUGGCCUGGAAUUCAUCGAAUUCCUAGACUAUGCCAAAGCAGAAGAUGCUAGCUUUUCGACGGCUGAAGGUUUCAAGGAACUCGAUCUUACGAUUCGAAGCCUGGUGAAAUGCCAGUGGUGGCGGCGAGGCUUCUAUUGA